UUAGAAUCCCAGUCGAUGACGUAGUCCUUACGUCACUGGAUAAUAUCUUCUGCACUGAAGAUGGCGACUACGGUGGGAGGAGUGAAUGGUGAAUCGGAUUCUGAAUUCGGGGAUGCUACAAUACAACUACAGAAUUUAGAAAUAGAUAUUAGAAACACGAAAAGAUCACACCAUGGCGGAGGUAGCGUAUCUAUUUUGUAGACCUCCGAUAAGCCACUUUUGCUCAGACAAAUUAAUCAAUGGGUGUGACGUGGGCUGGACGUGCUGUCCGCACAUUUCUGCUUAUUCCGUACGGGGUACUGCGACUGCGGUUUGCCCGGAUACGUACGUGUUCGUGUGGGUCUACUGAGGCCGAAAGCCUAAAGGCUCGAAACCGGCUACUUAUGUUGCUAAAAUCUUAGCCUCUUGAGCAUUUUGAUCCCUACUCUAAUAAUCCAGUAAUGUGGCUACGCAUCCUAUUUUUUUAGUGUUAUUAAAAUAAACGAUAUUUGCUCAAGCAGGGCUCUCCGAUGUUGAAAUAUUUACUCCAUAAAUGUGCAUAAGCUUAAUUUGUAGGGGGAAACCGGGCGACUGCCACAUCGCCACAAUUUUCUUUUCUUUUUGUUGCUAUUUAAUAUUGAGUUUCUAGCUUAUUGAUAAUGACUUGUGACUUGGCCAUGACUUCCGAAGUGCAGUACCAUGAUCAAGGGCAAGCAAAUGGAACUUAUCACUUCAAAAUAUUGGUCCCUUCUGUUGCUGCUGGAGCUAUCAUUGGUAAAGGUGGAGAGACAAUUGCUCAGUUACAAAAAGAUGCAGGAGCUAGAGUGAAGAUGUCAAAAGCCACAGACUUUUAUCCAGGAACAACAGAAAGAGUAUGUUUAAUUUCUGGAAAUAUAGACGGCAUCAUACGAAUUCAUGAAUUCAUAAUGGAAAAGAUUAAGGAAAAACCGGAUCCUAAUGCAAAAAUGGCUAUAGAUUUUGAUCAUAAACAACCUGCAGAACGAGAGAAACAAGUUAAGAUACUGGUUCCUAACAGUACAGCAGGGAUGAUUAUAGGCAAAGGUGGGAGUUAUAUUAAACAAAUUAAAGAAGAAAGUGGUGCUUAUGUACAAAUAUCUCAAAAGUCCAAGGACCAUGCCUUAGCUGAACGAUGCAUUACUGUAAUUGGCGAGAUGGAAAACAAUAAAACUGCUUGCAACAUGAUUUUAGCAAAAGUUGUUGAAGACCCACAGAGUGGUAGUUGUUUAAAUGUUAGUUAUGCUGAUGUAACUGGACCAGUAGCAAAUUUCAACCCAACAGGCUCGCCUUUUGCCAAUCCUAGUAGUGUUCCUAGUAGUGUUAUGAAUAACAGUAACACCAGUUAUAAUUCUAAUGGCAGCUUAAACAGUCUUAGUCCUACUGUAACGGAUAGUUUCCACAGUUCCCAAACUGGUACCAGUCAUACAGGAAUUUUACCAUUUGCUGGAAUAGGAAUGAGUAGCUCUACAAUCCCUCCUACUAAUGCUACUCAGAUAAUUGAAGCAGUGAAGAACAUGCUCAGAGGAAAUGGUUACAGUGAACAAGCUUUAUCUGAAAUAAGUGCUGCAAUGAAUACUCUAGCUAGUUAUGGAUUAUUGAGUCUUGGACUCGGCAUAUUAAAUGGAAUCAAUGGUGCUUCUGUGGUCGGGAAUUUAGGAAUGGGAAUGACUGGCUCUGCAGCAAGUAGUAAUGCAUUGCCUACUACUGGAAUAACAAAUCAAGAAAUGUAUACAUCUGCAUCUGCAGUUCCUGGCAUAGAAACAACCUGUAAUUCUGUAACCACAACUACUCCGAUGGGAGCAGGAUCUAGUAUAUUUGGUCCUAUUGGCAGUCUUGGUAAUGGAAUAUCAGGUUUGGGUCUUGGACCUGGCUUUACCUCACCAACAACCUCUCGUUCUAGUGAUCGAUAUCUUGUACAAGCUGAAGCAGCCGUAUUUGAACCAUUCCGUAGGACCUCUCCUGCUCUUGCAUCGCCCAGUGCAGCUGCCUUACCUGUGAAUAAUAAUUCCUUUGGAUUAGGAACUUGUAUGACUUCUGCAUCAUCUAGUUUAAGGAAAAGUCCUGCUCCUAAUGAUAGGCCAAUGGGUGACGCUACAAAAAUUGAAAUAGAAGUGGGAGAAAAUAUCGUUGGAGCUAUACUAGGACCAGGGGGUAAAGCAUUAGUUGAAAUUCAGCGUUUCAGUGGAGCCAAUAUUCAAAUUUCCAAAAAAGGAAUUUUCGCUCCCGGAACGCGGAAUCGUAUAGUCACUAUUACUGGUCUUUCUAGUGCUGUCAACACUGCUCAGUAUCUUAUUGAACGUCAAAUAGCUGAAGAAGAGGCAAAACGAGCUCAACAGAAUGCCAUGGGAGUUCUUCGUUAACAGGAACUUCUCUUAGUGUUAUGUUAUCGCUUUCCUCAUCUUAAGUCUUUGUCUACUGUUUUAUUCCCUCUUCUGAAAAACCUGCAUGCACCAUGAGGUGCAAUGCUGUUUGGAAAUUAUGAAACUAAAGCACCUUGCUACAGUUUUGAGAGAAUAAAUUGCCUGUUAACUUUGUUAUCAUGUUGUAAAAUAUAUACAUGAAAGUUUAUAUCAUCUAGGAAAUACUGAAUAAUAUUUAUAGCUGUAUUUGCACUGUUUUGCAUUACAGCACAAGGCCUUGUGCAUUCAAAUGGGAUUUAAAUCGCAUCGAAAGUAUAUUCCAAGAACAGAUUGUUACUGUUUCCAGGUUCAAUGGCCGUUUGAAACAUCGCCAGUUUUUUGGCUUUUUCAUUAAAAAAUAAAUAAAAAACAUUUAGUUUUAUAACGUUUGUUGGAUUUUCUAGAAUAGUUUUGCAAAAUUUGUUUGUAAGCUUUUGCAAAACAAAAUUCUUUAAUAAAUUUAUGUUGAUAUUUAGCUAAGUCAUUUAGUUUUGCUUUGCUUUAUUUAACUUUAUACCCAGAAUUUCUUUUUGUGGUUGGAAGUGUU